CCUCGAGUUCUGGGUCCUCCACCACCUCGAGUUCUGGGUCCUCCACCGGCGAGACGUAACAAUCCCCGAACUGCACCAGCCGCUGGCGGCGGCUGAACCGAGGUAUCAGACGGCAGGCGCUGCAGGCGCUGCAGGCCGGAAGCAGGCCCAGGUUGGCAACCGCGUGGUCGGACCCCAGGCACUGGAUACAGCGGCGGUGGAGGUCGGCGCCUGCAAUAACGCCCGGGCACGAAGGGCAGGGUCGUUGCUCCAGUAAUGAAUGCCAGCAGCAAAGAGAGGUCCUCAAUUCAGUGUGCAGGAUGUGAUGCCAUCCAAAACGGAGAAAGUAUGGUUGAUGAUCUGUGACUUUGAUGUGUACCAAGGCAGAGUCAAUGGGAUACGAGCCAAGUCUGAACUUGGAUUGUCAGGUGAUGUUGUGAUGAAGCUUGUCUCCACGCUUCCAGAAGGUCAGAACUACAAGAUCUACGCAGACAACUACUUCACCUGUGUCCCAUUGGUAGUGAAGCUCCUUGAUCGUGGGAUUCAUUAUGUGGGAACAGCCAGGCAGGUGCGCUUACCCAACUGCAACCUUGAAGAGGAGAAGAGCUUGAAGAAAAAGGGGAGAGGAAGCUUUGACAUCCGAGUGGCGACCAACCAUCUGUGCUGUCAAAUGGUAUGACAGCAGAGCGGUCACACUUGUCUCAUCCUUUGCUGGACCAGACCCUGUGCAGAACAUUCAACGCCAACAAAACCUACGUAGAAGUUGAGAGGCCUUCCAUUGUGGCUACGUACAACAAGUACAUGGGAGAUGUGGAUUUGUUGGACUCGUUUACGGCCAAAUAUAAGUUCCCCAUGAAGUCCCGACGCUGGCACGUGUACAUAUUCUGGCACACCAUCAUCCUUGCUGUGAUCAACGCCUGGCUCCUCUACGAGUGGGAGUGCAGAGCUCUAAAGAUGCCAAAGCAGGAGAUCCUGAACAGGACACAGUUUCAGGCAGAUCUAGCAUCCUCUCUCAUCCUGGUGAACACAACUCCUCUGAAAACACCCAAGAGAGGACGACCAUCUUCAGGCAACGGGAGCCCAGCAGCGACGGUGGCAUCAAGGAGCCCGUUGAUUGCUCAGAUGAGACCACCCUCAGGUGAUGGGAGUCCACCAAACGGGGCCCCAUCCAAGAGAUCACAGCCUCCCCUGGAUGUACGGAAGGACCUAGUGGCACAUUUUCCAGGGAAGACCAAGAGAGGACGCUGCAGACACUGCAGUAAAGGGGUUAAGGACGCUCACAUCUGCACAAAGACGUCCGGUCGAUUGAACUGUAUACAGAGAAACGUCUUCAAUGUGGCGCUCAGGUCCUCCGGCUGCUCACAAGUCCUGACAGAAUGA